AUGCAAGCAUUUGUCCCAAAGAACAGAAGGCCCAGAUUCGAGCUUGUGCUGAGAAUAAUUGACAUAAACAAUGUUCCACUGGGGAGCAGUGUUGCAUUCGUGCGAUGGCGGCUACCGUCAUCAAGCGCCACUGAGCACCAGGGCCAUACGGAGAAAGCGAGUCUUUCCGAUCACCGCGCCUACUGGACAUACGAAAAAUCUCUUCAAGUAAGGCUCACCAUUGAUAGAACAUCAAUGCUACAGGAGUGCGAAAUCAACUUCGAAGUCAUACAAGAAUUCACCUCGUCGCCUAUUUCUGAAAAGAACGUGUUGGGAAAAAUCAAACUCAAUCUGGCCGAAUAUGUGGACAAAGUUGAGGAAGAUGAAGGAGUCGUCCGGCGAUAUCUGAUGCAUGAAAGCAAGGUGAACAGUACCGUCAAGAUCGGCAUAGCAAUGCGCCAGAUAGAAGGAGAUCGCAAUUUCACAACGCCGCAACUGAAAUCAGCAACGGUAUUCGGAGGAAUCGCUGGUGUGGUUCAUUCUACUGAACAGCCGAUUGAUGAUGACCUUGGCCAAUUGCCGUCUAUCAACACCAAAACCAGAGAAAUCGCAGACAUGCAAGAUAUAUAUCGGCGUACCCUAGCAGCAUCGUGGUCCUCGAGAGCCUGUGACCUACCUGCCGAUAAAUUGAUCGAAGAAUUGUUCGCCGGAAGCUCUUGCUGGAACAACGACGCUCACAAUGCUAAUGCCAAUGUCGCUCCGGGAAAUCACCGAGAAUCGUUGCUGAGUGCGGAUGCCGCCACGCGACAGAGUCGCCCCGGGAAAUACCUGUCACCGAGCUUCGAGCGGCGCCCCAAAAGCUCUUCUAGUGCCCACUCACACCAUAACGAGAAGGCGGCGGAUUCUCUCACGGCACUUGGGCACCCAAAAAAAGGGGGAAGCAUUGAACAGCAAUUGUACGACGGAGCAAAAGUUCGUGGCUGGAAGGCGCCAAGCACAAGUAAUGAGCUGUCCGAGUUCGAUGUGAGAGAGGAUUUGCGCAGCUGGGAGGUCAAGGAAUGA